ACGUACGUGCGUGCGUGCGUUCGUGCACUGCCACGCGAACAACGUGACGUCUACCAAUCGGAAAGAGUGGGCGGGGCCAUCCAAAGCCACGUAGCUAGCUAGCUACCAAACGUUUGCAGGCUAGCUAACGUCAGCAAGAAUUUGCAAUGGAUUUGCCACAUCACGGAUACCGAGCAAGUAAACAGAGGGGUCGCGAUACCCCGACGGGUGGGGAGUCCAUGCUUUUUGACGACACCAGCACAUCAGGGAUGAACACUCAGGGUUACUACACUCCAGGCUACAACAUGGCGGCGCCCCCAAACGACAUGCAAGCGGGAGUCAACAACUUGUUCACCGAUCCGAUGGCCAACGCUGCAGUCGUGUACGGAUCAUCCUUGGCCAACCAAGGCAAAGACAUGGUGAACAAAGAGAUCAGCAGAUUCAUGUCUGUGAACAAGCUGAAAUACUUCUUUGCCGUGGACACCAGAUACGUGCUCAAGAAACUCAUGAUCCUCAUGUUCCCAUACACGCAUCAGGAUUGGGAGGUUCGCUAUCAUCGGGACACUCCGCUGACUCCAAGGCAAGACGUGAAUGCACCUGAUCUUUACAUACCAACCAUGGCUUUCAUUACCUACAUUUUACUGGCCGGAAUGGCACUUGGCAUUCAGAAAAGGUUUAGUCCAGAAGUGCUCGGACUCUGUGCCAGCACGGCCCUGGUGUGGGUGAUCAUUGAGGUGUUGGUGAUGCUGCUCAGUUUGUACUUGCUGACGGUACACAGCGACCUGUCCACUUUCGACCUCAUCGCCUACAGUGGAUACAAAUAUGUUGGGAUGAUCUUCACAGUGCUAGGUGGAUUGCUGUUUGGCAGCGACGGCUACUUUGUGGCUCUUGCCUGGUCCUCUUGUGCCCUCAUGUUUUUCAUUGUCCGUUCCCUGAGAAUGAAGAUCCUCACAUCCCUAGCGUCGGACUCCAUGUCCACGGGCUCCAGUGCCAAACCCCAAGUGCGCAUGUACAUCACCAUGGCGACCGCCGUCUUUCAGCCGAUCAUCAUUUACUGGUUAACCUCUCACCUGGUCAGGUGACUGUGAGGCGUUUACGUGAGCUGGGUGGUCCACGUGCUUUGGCGUGUGUGACGGUUUGCGCGUUCGCCUUCUUCUUUAUGUGUGCAGUUGUAAAAAUGGAAUUGUGUACUUCAGUUAACCAAAUUCUAUGAAACAUAAAAUAUUACAGUGUGCAGUGAUUUUGACAUGCUCAUUUUCUGCCACCUUACUAUUUUAAAACAAGGGCUCCCAAAUUGAAAGCUUGGAUUGGAUUCAAUUCAUCUCCUUAACUAAAAGUACAUGAUUGCACAUCUAGUGUUCACAAACAAAUACUCGCUGCUAUGGAAACCAUUUUGAGCAUUUAUUCCAUAUCCUUGAUAAGGAGGCUAUUGGUGCCUGACUCAUGUCUACUUGCUGGUUGGGCUUUGUACUACUAUCCAUCCAUCCAUUUUCUGAGCCGCUUAUCCUCACAAGGGUCGCGGGAGUGCUGGAGCCUAUCCCAGCUAUCAUCGGGCAGAAGGCGGGGUAUACCCUGAACUGGUUGCCAGCCAAUCGCAGGGCACAAACAAACAACCAUUCGCACUCACAGGGCACAUCUACUACAACAAAGGUUUAAUUACAUAAAUACAAUACAAUACGUUUCUAGUAAAACACAGUAAUCACUCUACUAGUUCUGCUAAUGCAUUGAAUUGUCUUCCUUGUGAGAACCGGCAAGAUUAUUUGUAUAGCCCUCAAUCACAAGAGUCUCAAAGGGCUCCACAGGGCCAAAAGAUUCACAACAUUGUACUAGUAUAUGGACCUUAAGCUGGAUACCAAGCAUGUGUAAUAAAUGCUGAAACGGAUUUCCAUAAACUCCUCCGUGAUGAUCACAUCACCAUUAUUUCCAACUCUGGAUUUUAUUUAUCUGUAAUAUAACAAAGCAUGACAAUGUUUGGAUUUUUGUAGGAAACAAAAUAAAUAUAUAUUCGGCUUUGUGUAGUCAAUUGUGGG